AUGAAUCCGCCGAAAGUGGUCGUAGUCCUGGAGGAUGCUACUGUGUUAAGCACUGAGAAGGAAUCCCGAGUAGACAUUCUUCACCAAUGUCUUUUGGUUCUGUUAGACAGCCCACUCAAUAAGAAUGGUCUUCUCAAGGUUUUCAUUAGAACGGAUGACAAUACUCUCAUUGAUGUUUCACCACAUCUACGCGUACCGAGAACUCCGAAACAAUUUGACAGCUUGCUUAUACACCUCAUGUACAAGCGGCACGUAAAGUCACAAGAGAAGGACACUAUCCUCAUGCGAAUCGUGAAGAACGAUUUGGAAAUUGCACUGUCGCCAGGAUCACGACGGUUCGGCCUCUCAGUAGGCGGUAGACCGGUGAAACUCAAGGAGUUUUGCCAGCAGUUUAAAGACGCUGACUAUCCCGUGGUUUUCCACAUCGGCGCCGUAUCGCAUUCGCAACCAAAAGGGACGGUUAACCAGGUUGAAGAGGUGCUGUCGAUAUCUAGCCACGGUUUGACAGCAGCGCAUGUCUGCGCAAAGAUAUGCUGCGAACUAGAGUUGCUUAACGGAGUGGACUGA